AUGCUGGCAGGCAAAGACAUCGUGUCGGGCGGCGGCAACGGUGACCUUCCGGAGGAAUCCCUGAGCGACAAUUAUGACAUCCUUAUGAUCCUCAGCUACGGCAGGAUGGCCAAGGUGUACCUAGCGGCCGAGCGCGCGACGGGGGAGGAGGUGGCGCUGAAGGCCGUGUACCGCGACAUGGUGCGCCGGAGGGACGUGAAGCGAGAGUACCACUACGCGUCUCACCUCGACCACCCGAACCUGGCGAGCGCGACGGCCCGGCUCUUCCAGACCGACCUGUACUUCGUCUACCCGAUGGAGUACGCGGCCUACGGGGACCUGGGGGCGCUGCUCAAGGCCAGGACGGUGGAGGAGAUCCCCGCACGCUGGAUGGCGGAGCAGUUGGCCAGCGCCCUCACGUACCUGCACGGCUUCCAGCUGGUGCACGGCUGCCUGGUCCCCGAGAACAUCCUGAUCUUCCGGCCCAACCUGUCCCUCGUCAAAAUCACCGACUUCGGCGCCACCUGCCGCAGCGGGACGUACGUGCGGCGCCGCCUGUCCCUCGGGCCAUACAACCCGCCCGAACUCAGCCGCAGCGACGUGGGCGAGUGCUACUACACCGGGACCUCCCUGGACUCGUGGGCGCUGGGCGUGCUCAUCAUCCACUGUCUGACGGGGGUGAAGCCCUGGGCCACCAGCGACGUGUCCGACCCCGACUACGCCGCCUUCAGGAACUGGCAACGCGUCAAGUCCACCCGCGUGCCCAGGCCUUUCAAGAGGUUCACGGUGCGCCUCCUGCGGCUGGUGCGGCGCCUGCUGGAGCCCCGCGGCUGGUCGCGCUACGCCGCCAAGGAGGUCUUUAAGUACACUGAGGACGACUGGCUGAUCAAGUCCCGAGACCGGAGCGAUAGCUACGACACGAGCGCGAUGGUGCUGCCGCCGCGCCCCCCGAGCCAGCCGCACCCCCAGGCGCCCUCCCCCCCGCAGCCGGAGCAGGGGGACGCGCAGGACAAGAGCAAGGAGCAGGAGCAGCCCCAAGGUCGAGUGUCGAGCCCCAGGCGGUUCCUGUCGGAGCUGCUGCGCUUCAGCUCCCCGAACUCGUCCUUCAGGCAACGGCGGCGAUACCAUGCCUGGCACCAUUCCUCCUCCUCCUCCUCCUCCUCGACCUCCAUCUCGUGGCUUAACUCGUCCUCGUCUUCCUCCUCCUUCUGUGCCUCAGGCCCUUACUCGUCCGUGUAG